UCCCGUGCAGCGCUGAAUAAGUGCGCCACACACUCAACAUGAUGCGAAUUGUUUGUAUGAAGUUGACAACAUAGUCAAGAAAUUGCAUAUCAAAGUUACUGCGUAAGAGGGAAGCAGUUUGAAAUACAAUACAUAUCUAAUUUAGAGAGAAAAUGGCAGAAAAGCAGUCAGUGUCGGAGUUCUACAAUGGCAGGAGCAUUUUCAUCACUGGGGCUACUGGAUUUAUGGGGAAAGCCCUACUGGAGAAACUGCUUAGGUCAUGUCCCGGAAUAAAAAAUGUGUACAUUCUGAUUAGGCCAAAAAAGGGGAAAGACGUUAGCCAGCGAUUGGAAGAACUUCUUGGCUCCACGGUGUUUGAGAAGCUUCGGAGUCAGGACCCUGACUAUAAUCAGAAGGUUAUUCCCGUGACCGGGGACAUUUUGCACGAGAACCUGGGCGUGAGUCAGAAAGAUGAAGAAAUGGUGAUCAACAAUGUCUCUGUUGUUUUCCAUUCUGCUGCCACUGUCAAGUUUGAUGAAGAAAUGAAGUUAUCAGUUGAGAUGAAUGUAGUAGGAGUCAACAGAAUGAUUCAAUUUUGCAAGAAAAUAAAGAAUUUAGAGGUGUUCCUACAUGUUUCAACAGCUUACUGUAAUUGCAAUGUAAAACACAUUGAAGAGAAGGUGUAUGAGCCUCCACUAGCUCCUCAUAAAUUACUGGAUGCCUGUGAGUGGAUGGAUGGGGAUGUUUUGAACACUCUAACACCAAAGAUGAUAGGAGACAGACCAAAUACCUACACAUAUACCAAAGCCAUCGCAGAAUACUUACUGUACCAAAACAAGGACCAACUACCUUUGGUUAUUUUUAGACCCACUAUUGUGGGGGCUUCUUGGCAAGAACCAGUUCCGGGGUGGGUUGACAAUUACAAUGGACCUACAGGACUGUUAGCAGCUAUUGGUAAUGGCUUACUGAGGAUCAUGAAGGGGAACUUUUACGGUACAUCAGACGUCAUUCCUGUGGACAUUGCAUCCAACAUGAUGAUCACAGUAGCCUGGGAUUCUGUAAUAAACAAGUCAGAGGAACUGAAAGUGUUUCAUUGUACCACUGGACAAAUUAACAAGUUUACCUGGGGACAGAUGGAACGCAUGUCCUAUGAGUAUUUCAUGAAGAAUCCUGUUAAUACAGUUGCAAGAAUUCCCAAUCCUCGCUUUACGAAGAAUUAUGUGUGGCACGAGUUAUGUGUGCUGUUCGAUCACGUCCUGCCUGCCUACAUCAUGGACGCAAUGAUGUGGGUGUCUGGGAAACGUCCUAUAUUUGUAAGGAUUCAGGACAAGCUCCGGAAAGCUGUUGGAAGCUUAGACUACUUCACACAGAAUGAGUGGGUCUUCUCCAACAAGAAUUUGUUUGCCUUACUGGAGAAGAUGUCACCAGAAGACAAAAAGAUCUUUAAUUUCAAUGUGAAAUCCAUACACUGGCCAACAUACAUGGAGUCUUACUGUCUGGGCAUAAAACGCUUUGUUCUGCGAGAGGAGCUCACAGAGUUGUCGAAAGCUAGACACACGUUAAAAAGACUUCAGAGGAUAAACUUCGCUGUGAACGUGUUCCUGAUUAUAGCCGUAUGGAGACUACUGAUAAAUCGUGUGGCAGUGGCAAGAACUCUGUGGAACUUUCUGCUGGGAUGGGCCAUCCGCAUAUUUAAACGAAUGCCAAAAGUGGCAAAGUCUUCAUAAUGAGUAAACAAGACUACAACAAGUGUCUGUGAUAACCUCUCUCAUUAAAGACCGGACCUGUAAAAACUCGACAAUUUUAUUUAUAGUGUUGAAAUAACUUUACAUGUUAUCAAUAUUAGAGGGUUUUUUUCUUUGUUAUCUAUUAAAAGAUUAUUAUUUAUUAAAAAUAUUGUUAAUUAAGGCAGUGAUGGAAAGCAGGUUAUACUCCAGAUCUUGCUGGUCCGUGUAUUUGUAGUUUAUGGCGGUAGUGUGAUUUGAUGAAAACAAAAAAAUGUUGUAAGUCUAUAUUUUGAGUCUGAGAUUGUCAAUGAUGAUUUGAAACAACAAAGUACAAAAAAUUUCCGUCACAUUACUAUGCUUUGUCAUGACCUGUGCAGUGUAGCUUCCCUUGGCAUUAUUCAUUUUAUUAUUAUUAUUAUAUGUGAAAAGAAUUUGAAUAAGGAUGGUCUUUUAAUUCAUACAUGUAUUUUUUUCUGGUUCUAGACUUUUUGUUAGCAGGAAUGAAAUGUAAUUUUUCAGCAUAAAAUGACUACAGCAUGUAAAAGUAUGAAUAAGAAAUAAAUAUGUGGAAGAUACUCUUGGAGAAAACAUGA